GAUUAGUUGGUUGGUUGGUUGGUUGAUCACAUUGUUUCAAUCACCAUCUUUCUAUACCCUUAACCUAAUUACAUCAAGAUAUAUAUGGAUAUACUUAGAUAGAUGGAUGGAUUCAUAGAUUUGUCAUCGUAACAAACAACUAGACUUUUGUUGUUAGUUACAUUUAAAAAAAAGGCAACUGUGGAAAUUAUUCUUCCUUCAUAGUGAAAUCAUUUAAAAAAAAGAACAUUCAAUGAAUUCAAUCAAUCUCAUCGACUAGAAUACCUUCCAUACUAACUGGAAAUCAUUACAAAUUAUGAAACAAAUUCUAUGCCCAUUUCCUUCUAUACAAUUUAAUGAAGAGAUCUAUAAUGAACUGAUUAAAGAUUCCAAUGUAAUAAUGCAAUCCAAGCAAACAGAACCUUCACAUAGUUUAAUCAUCAAAGUACCGACAAUCAAUGAUUUGAAUAACAAAUCAUGUGAUAUAUCUCCUAGAUCAAACAAUUUGAUCAAUACUCAAAGAAGUUUUGAAUUCUACUGUCAGCGAUUCAAUACACCAUGUUCAGAAAAUAUUUUCGCGAAACACCCAGCUAUGUCUGUAGAAAAAAUAAUAGAAACCGGACAAAAGCAACAGCAACAAAGAAAUCUGUUUCCUCAUAGAUCAAUAGCAGAGAUUGGUAUUGCACUUGGAUUAUGGCGAAAAAUUGAUAAAAUGCAUCAACAAAUAGAUAAUGUUAGGCAAUAUAAUGAAAAACAAAAUCAUGUACGUCAGUUACGUUUAUCUCAUAUACAAAAAUACCGGGAGAAUUUUAUUAAACAUAAUAAACGUAUAGCUAUGCUACAAAAACAAAGAAGUAUUGAAAAAAUGCAAUUCAAUAAACGGAAAUCAGAUCAAAUUCAAGCACAGAAUGAAUUAAAUGAAAAACUAAAAAUGAAUCGUGAAAAACUUAAAUCCCUUGGUAACUAUCAAAAACAUUUAAAAAUCAAUGAGAGAUUGUCGGAAAAUUCUAUAAAUUAUAAACAAAGAUUAUUAAAUCGAGAAAUAUUCAUACAAGAAAAAUGUCAACAUCUUAUACAUUUACAAAAUCGGACAAAUGAAAUCAGUAGGUCUCUGGCUCGAAUCUCGCGUGGUGGGAUCAAGGAUGCGCACUGCUGACGAGUCCCAUAAUAAAACGAAACGACCCUCCAGUGCUUCCAGCUUUUCCAUGGUGGUGGUCUAGUUUCAAUUGACUAAUAAUUUCAACUAUGAAAACCCCUUUUGAUUCUAACUACAGUCAUAGCUACUUUUUUGUUACAAAAUUUACUUUCAUAGAUCCCGAUUAAAUAAAGCUGUUGAAACUAAAAAACAACAUCAGAAUGAAUUAUCUGCUGAAAUUCAUUGGAAUCGAUUCUAUGAAAAAUUGACUAUGGAAUCCAACAUACAAGAACGUAAAUUAAAAGAGAUCAAAUCAACUAAUGAAUAUGUUCAACAAUUACGUAAUCGAAAACUUGUAAAAAUCCCUAUCUCAAUUAAAUUAACUAAUUUAACAUU